AUGUCUAGUACUCUUAGUGCUACACCAAAUUCUGAGCAUGCAGCUGUCCUUGAAAGAGCAAAGAAAAGAAUUAAGGAGCGAAGAGAGCUCAACGCAUUGCUUGGAAUUGCAUCUGCGCGAGUACAACCAACUCACUUGGCUCAUAUUAAACAUGGAUCUACACCAUCGACUUUCAAGAUAGAAACUGUAUUAAAUACAUCUCAAAAGGCUGCUCAGGAAUCAAAACAUGAGCAGAUAUCACCAAUUGUAUCAACGUUUACUGGACAUGAAAAAAGUCCCGCUUUAUCCAACAAUACAUCAUCAUAUCGUCAAAGUCUAACAUACGAUCCAUCUACAAUACCAUGGCCAUCUAAACCAUCCUCACCAACUACAGUAGAAGCACGUUUCGCUUCGAUUUACAAAUCAAAACCAAGUCUGACAAAGCCAUCGUCUGAAUCUGAUGCACUCUCCAUUACAAAAAAAUCGUCUUUGGUGAUGCUAAAUGAUUCAUUUUCUCAUUCAUCUCGUAUUGAAACUCUUGCUAAUGCACAACCUAAGCAAACCGAAUCCAAAAAGUCGAAAAAAGGCAAAAGGCGCGCCAAGAAAAAGUAUGAAGAUGAUCAAGAUCAGGAGCCCAUGAAAGACCAAGAUGUCAAACAGUUUUUAGAAGAGACUACAGUUGAUGUUGUAAAUUAUGUUGAGCUGAAGAAAUGGAUUCCAAACUGGAAGCUAAUUAUACAAGAGGAAGCAAAAAUGAUUUUUUAUCCUCUGACACAUCCUUUUAAAUUACCACCAACAUGGUUAGAACGAAUUCGAAUACCAGAAGAUGAGGGAUUGUAUGUUGGCACACCGCCCUAUAUGCACGCAUCAAAUGUUAAAACACUUUGUAGACGGCUAGAAGCAAGCGAAGAAAACAAUGGAGAAAAAUGGCUAGGAUCUACACGACAAGUUGUAAUUGAAUCAGAUCCAAUGCAGUACAUCCAUUACAGACCACACCGGUCUGUAUUUUCAGUCAAAAAAAUGGUAUUCGAGACUGACAGCAACGAAUCAUUGUUUAGCCUCAACACCUCUAAUGGCUUGUAUUUUGAUCGCCAAAUGCCCACUAUUGUAUCUAAUCAACCGCAUCAACUAUCACAAUCAGCUGCAGAGUAUCUUCUUAUUGUGGAUUUAGUAUCAUUAAAAUUUCAUGAGCAUCCACUAAUGUCCGAGGAACUACGUCUUUCCAAUGAAAUCAUGAACAUCAUCUGCAUUAUGCGUGAAAGAAAGAGUGCAAAUAUAGUAGAGUUUCUUACUUCAAAACUAAAGGUAUUGUGCAACGAGUAUGACGAGUUUAAACUCACUAGCCCAUUCUCUGAUCUCAUUGCUCGAUCAGCAGAAACAUCAAACAUAGAAAAGCAUGAUCAAAAAAAUCAGUCCUAUUAUGACUCGGACAACUUGCAAACUUCACUUUCACAAUCAAAUAGCAAAGAUAUGAUUCUAUCACGUCUGCGUGGAAAGGGUCAAAAGGAACAAGUACGCAAGGCUCGUAUCCACGAUGAAACUGUUCGAUACAAUCUUUUACAAGACAUUCAAGCCACGCGACUGCUAAGAGAUGCAGAGGCACAGACAGAUCGAUUGUUGGAGUUUCGUAUUCUUAAAACUUGGCAAGACCUUAAACAUUUACGAGCUACAAACAACUUUUCAAGUACACCUUUGAGUCUCAAAAUUGUGGUUCGAAGCACAAUUGCACAUCAAGAUAAAAAUGAUUUGGAUCAGGAAGUAGAACGCGAGCUAUCAGAACUGCAGGAUUUACACGACAUUGCAUAUCAAAGGCGGAAACGAGCGUACGAGCAUGAAUUUAAAAAACAAUCAUCUUUUUCUGUAUUGAAAUCUAAUGAUGUAUCUCAGAAAAUAUCUCGAAUCAAUAUAGAAGCAAAGGAUUUGGCUGAAAUCACAUUUUCUGAAUCCCCAAGAAGCAGUUUAUUGAAUCGAGAUCAAAUAACUCAAGAAAAAAUGCUAGAUAUGAACGAAUCUGCAGACAAUCAGGAAAACUCCAAGCAAAAAUUGACAGCAAAAAAGGAUAGUAUUAUACAAGACAGGUCCAGCAUGCUUGAAUUGCCAACCGAACUAAAGCCAAAAAAAUUCCACGCCAAGAGACUUAAAGUUGGUAUUUUAAAGCGACUGCAGGCAAGUAGGCGUCCGCCUGGAUCACCAAUACUAUCAUUUAUACAAGACUACAGCCAUAAUACUUCUGAUUCCAUCGAGUGUUCCAAAACAGAGGUGCUUCGUCGUCGCGAAGUAGAUGCCACAUAUAUCUAUCUCAGAUAUUUUUACAACGAUAAAGAGGUCAUGCGAACAGUAGCAAAACCCAUAGACCCAAAUUCAUUUUCAAUCCAUUUUAAUGGCAUUGAAGAUUUGAGCGAAGCCAACCAACUUGUUAAGCAUUUGCCACACCACGCAAUUAACCCAACAGACACUAAGAGUGCAUUUGGAAUUAAAGUGUUAGAGGCACCUCGUACUAUGAGAGUCGAAGUAUUUGAAACUGGUGUAUUUGGUGAUGUAUUUGCUGGUGAGGUGCAUGUGCCUAUUCCCUUAUUGAAUGAUCGUGCCGAGUCAUUGGAUAGAGAGUUGCGUACUUUACAGUUUUCUGGACGGCCAUUCAACCGUGAUACGCGGGAACUGGGUGAGCACAUAAAGGAACAUUGGAUUUCUGGGUCCCUUCAAAUGAGUGCGGCAUGGUCAAUAUAUGGGUCUUGUAGUAAUACCAAUCCUCCAAAAAUUCAGCAUCAACAGUGCUUGGAUUUGACUAAUGCACACGGGCCGCCAGGAUUAUUAAAUCUUCCUAGAUUCAUGGAAUAUGUAGUGGAUAUGAAAGUAGAUCCAAACGAUCCACGUAAUGGAGAUAUUUUAAAAUUAAAGGCUUUGGUUCAGUCGGUCUCAGGACCAGAUGAUGCAUCUGCCAUAUCCUUCAAAGAGUACUGGAAAUCAAGAAAUUGCAUGCGUCUUGGUCUUCCAGCAUGGCUCCACCGUCUUACUUUAUAUAUCGGGUCAGAAUAUGAACUUUCAAACCAAAAAAGACUCGAGCUAUUACAAGCUAGAUAUCGAAAAGAAAUUUACAUGAAAGAGCCUAUGCCUAUUUCUAGCGAUGAUAUCAAUGAAGACAUGUAUCAAGUGAUUGAUCCUGAAAAUGUAUCUGUCCGUAGUAAGAGUGCGAUUGUUUCUGAAAUAAAUAAGCUAUCGAGUUCAGCUGUAUUUCCAUCAAUUGACAGAGCGUUUAGUGCUGGAUUCCUAAAGCGAGUCCGCGAGCUACAAUUGGUCAGGAAAGCCAAACUCGCACGGCCGAUAUCAGUGAGCGACUUUGUUCGAGAAGAACAAUUAGUUACUUCACAAGAACAGCAAAACCCAUUUGAAAUGCUGUUUGCUCUCAAGCGUCCAUUGAAUCCUUCUAGAGUAAAUCGAACAAACGUUGCUACUACAAGUCCCGAUUCAUGCCGAAUUGUCGUGCAGGUGCUGGAGGGAUUCAACUUGCCCAUCAGAAAAUCGACACUUGGAUACAUGAAAAAUGCAAAUCCAAAACAUACUGGCUCAACUAUUCCAGAGUACGUUUCUCCAUUUGUAGAAAUUUCAUUUCAGCAGCAUAAGCUUUGCACAGCAAUAGCUAAUGGACCGAACCCACAAUGGAACGAAACAAUUGAGCUUGAUGUCGAUGCUCCUGAUAACGAUUUUCGACCAGAAGCAUUAUGUGAAACGGAUAUUGGAACCGAGAUGCUAUACAUUAAUCUUUUUGAUGAAAUUCUGAUUGAUAUGAUACAGGAUGAGCGUGAGCGAGCCACUAGUAUCCAUCAUCGAAAAGAACGUAGUUGGCUUGGCUCAUUGCAAAUUCCAUUUUCGACAAUUUGGGAGCAGAUUCGGAUUGACGGAAAGUUCAAAAUGAGUCUUCCAGCACAGUCCCUAGGAUAUACAACUAGGACAGUAGAAUCUAUCAAUAUUCCGGGAAUUCAAGCUGGUGAAGAACCGCUAUUACACUUAUUUAUUACUUUAGAUCCCCCUCUCCUACAACCACAUACACUCAAGCUUCGAUUUCAAUCGGAAGAAACCCCACACAUGCUAAAAUACUCGUCACAGUGGCUUUUGGCUUUAGAACCCUUUAAGCGAGUGGUCAUGUCAACUUCCCUUGAUUUACAAGGGAAAACAAGGCUGAUUUGUCGGUUUAUUCGACCCCAAGAGCCACCAGCUACACUCCCAACUAUAGCCCAUCUUCGAAGAUUUGUAUCAAUGAUCCCUUAUUUGCCUAAUCGCACAGCCUUUGGAUGCGAAUGUCCAUUGAUAUCCAAUGCACAGGAAAUCAUUCAAGUGGGAGCAGCUAAUGGGAUCGAACAUGCUAUUUUGUUGUGCAACUUUUUACUGGCACGAGGACACGAUACUUUUGUUGUCCUUGGUCGUGGAAUACCAGAGGGUAUGACUGCAUAUGUCAUGAUAAAGCAAAAAUCCGAUAUACCUGCUGGUGAAUCUUGUACAUACCCAAAAGAUGGGUUAUAUUCAACAACACCACUUAUAGUAAAAGUCGAAAAUCCAGUAGAACCUCUACGCUCAUUUUCAAACACUAAAGUAAAUGUACAGGAAUGGCUUAUUAUACAUCCUGUGACUGGGGAGGAACACAAUCUACAGGAUCCACAUAUCCCUCUUAAAGAAAUUGGAUGUGUUUUCAAUCAUGAAAAUAUAUGGGCAAACAUCCAACCAGUUGCAACUCCACAAAAAACUCAUUUUUGCUUGCAAGACCUUAAAAAUUGGAAACCAUUUUUUGGUACACACUUUCAGCGCGAUAAUAUCAAGAGUGUUCAGCCAUCACGGGUUCAAUUCCCUAACGUAUCACCAGGAUUCUUGGCAGACCUUGAGCUUGCUAUGGAGUCUGCCAUUGUUUCAAAUGUAGAAGAGUGGAGAAAGGGACGCGUAACUCGUUGGAACAGAAUGUGUAGCAGAACAUUCAAGUCGCUUUUAAUGCGAUUUGAGCCAGCAAUAACAAGUGGCAUUCCAAUCAGCGGAAUACUCGAGUCGUCCAAUGAACUGUCAUCCAUAGGAAAUAUCUACAAAAUGCAUGGGUUUCCUCUCAACAUUCCAUUCACCGACUUGGCAGCAGUCAACUCCAUGGUAUACAAUACCGCAGUAUUUUCCAAUUAUGCUCCGGGUGUUGAGUUUUCUCUUGCAAUUCAUUGCUAUGGAUAUUCUAAACAGUUUAUCAGUGUAUGGAUUUAUUUUUGUAGCCUAGUUAGAAAUACAAUUUAAUUUGAAUAAACUUAGAUUAUGCUAAAAUAUCGUCAGGAGAUGGCUUGGCCCAUAAAGCCUCAACUACAUCUGCAAUUUUAUAAAGCUUUUGAUUAGGUGGGAGCCACAAGUUGUUCCAAAUGCAUUUGGCAAACAGCUGCUGAGCAAGAUAGUUGGGAUGGAUGUGAUCUAGCUCAGAUAUAAACGACUGAUGUUGUUCAUUCUCUAUUUCAUCUGCAGGGAUGGGCUGGAGAAUGACUUUAAAGGUAUCUGUAUCAUUCCAUUCAUAGUUUGAAACUGCGCGUCGAAUACAGGAAUUGACCAAGUUGCAUCUGGCAGUAAUCAAAGCGUGACGUUUUUUGGAAUUGAUCAGUUUGUGUGCCUUGUCAAGUGCUGGCAGAGUUAGUACACAUACAUAUGCUCGAGAUAUUAAUGACUUGAGUGUUUGUAGCGCACCAACUAGUUUGGGUUCAAAAUUAUCGGCGAUUUUGUCACUAGAUGUACUAAAAACAUCAUUAGCGCCAAUCCAUAUAAAGAUCAGUUUCCAUUCAGACUCUAGUGCACAAAACGCUGGCCGACGAAGCUUAUUGACAAACCGAAGCACCUGCUCAUCAAUCGACUCGACCUUGCUUCCUGUUCUAGCAAAGUUGAAUCCAGAGCCUCUUGAAAAUAAAUAUGUUUUGUGCAGAGUUAACCCAACAAUGCCAGGAGAAAAAACCUUGAGAAGUCGACCUACAGAUACAACACCUUCUCCUCCACCAGAUAUACAUGUAUUAUUGCGAUGUUCACCAGAAACCAUCCAAGGUACGAUUUGUUUGUGUGAUCCUUUCAACGAGAUUGCUGCUAGGAUUUUGUUUUUGAAAUUGGCGGGAUGAGCAGUAACACAUAGUCCAGUGAGGAGCGAGUCGCCCAUACAUACGAGUAGCUUGAUAUCCCUUGCAUUUAAAUUGUUGACUGUUUUAAUAGCAGAUGCACCAUUUGCUCGAUAAUCAUGAGUAAGCGACUGGUCUUUGGGUUGAGUUGAUGUUGUGCUUAGAUUGACUUCAGUGAGAACACGAGAGAAACGAAUGCCUUGCAUCAUAUUCGUGACUGACUUGCGGAGUAUUAGUUUUGAGUGGUCUACUGAGUUGGAACGUGCAGCAGGAGUGUAAUUGUCGUCACUGUCAUGUGUUGCGCUAGCCUGGGACAGUCUGGAUAGCGAUGCUGACGAGGGUGACCUAUCAAGAGCUAUAGUGGGAGAAGUAGAUGGCUUCAAUGCGCUUUCUAUCCAGCUUGGAUAUCCCCACGCUUGUUUGCUAUCGCCCAAUAAGCUAGAAGUGGUUAGAGUUCGACUCAAGGGCAUGAGGAAAGAUGUUGCUGGUGACAAGAGUGGAUGAGACUCCAUACGCUUUGUUUUAGUAAAAAGGUUUAAGGAAUGUACUGGAGUAAGUGGUGGCGGCUCUAGCAUAUAUGGUAUGGUCGAAUGCA